AGAGGGUGGAUCGGAUGGGGGGGGAGGCGUGCACGAGGGAGGACGUGGCGGUGUACCAGGGGGCGACGGCGCCGCUGCCGAACGGGAUACCGACGUACACGGUGGAGGUGCUGAACGCGUGCGCGUCGGGGUGCGCGGUGUCGGACAUCCACGUGGCGUGCGGGUGGUUCAGCUCGGCCCGGCUGAUCAACCCGCGGCUCUUCCGCCGCCUCCGCUUCGACGACUGCCUCGUCAACGACGGCCGCCCCCUCGCCCCCGGCCAGUCCCUCUCCUUCCAGUACGCCAACUCCUUCCCCUUCCCCCUCGCCGUCACCUCUCUCUCCUGCUACUAACUAACUUUAACUAACGAACUAAUUUUGUUACCUAAGAAGUACAUAA